AUAAUAACGAUAAGGGAAAUAAAGGAAAGAAAUAAUGCUCGUAUCGGAAGAAAGCGAUUUAUUGCACUUUAAAAAACGUUUAAAAUUAUCACACGUCGAGCUGAAAGUUUGGGGAUCAAAAACCCGACCGAUUUUAUUAUCCUCGUUGUAAAAUGAGCAAAAGUGUCGAGCUUCUCGCGUCUGGGUCAGAGGAUGGCGAAGUGCCGAAUGAUUCUCCCGUUCCUCAAGACUGCAGAUCUCGGUUGAAUUUGAACGGAAGUCGACACAUCUCGAGAAGCGCGACGGAACUUCGUCCGACAAAUGGUUCACCAAUUCACCACAGCCACAGUCCCGUGGUUCACCAGCGUCACCGACAUCCGGUUACGGUGGCUCAGAGGACGCAGACCUUCUUCGCUACCCUGAAAAGCCGGUGGUCAAGGAGUAGGAGUAAAGAACGAAAAAAGCUCCGGGAAGCUGCAGCUGCAACCGGAUAUCUUCUCCAGGACGCCGGUAAAAACGAGUCCGAUUAUGCGGCCGAUUACUCCUCGGAACACAGCCACAGCUCUUCGGCCACCCAGAGCCCAGCCAGGCACUGCCACAACACACCAGAUUCACCUCUCGCCCGUAGUAACAAGGAUCAUCGAGUAUCUUCGCAGGAUGGAAGUCCUGGGAGAUGCAGCACCGACUCGAAUCGCGUUGGUCGACGAGGAUCUCAGUACAACAUGCAAAUCGACGGAAGGAUUUCGGGGGACGAGAGAGGAGUUCAUCAGGGAACAGCGGCGUCGUCGAAUUCCGACGCGACGCCUCUUCUUCAUGCACAGGACGAGGCGUCGCGACGCCGCGAACUCGCCCUUCGUCAGCACGCCUUUUUUCAGCUCCGUUUGCACCUCAGACGCGGCGAGAAUCUCGUCGCAAUGGAUCGCGGCGGCUCGAGCGAUCCGUACGUGAAGAUCAAAUCCUCCGGUCGUCUUUUGUACAAAUCAAGAACGGUGCAUCGCGAUUUGAACCCGAUAUGGGACGAGAGCGUUACUUUACCGAUUGAGGAUCCGUUCCAACUCCUGACGUUCAAGGUUUUCGACUACGACUGGGGACUCCAGGACGAUUUUAUGGGAGCGGCACAGCUUGAUCUGAGACAAUUGGAACUUGGAUACGCUCAAGACGUAAUUUUGGAACUUACGGAUCCAGCGAGACCGAGACAGCACUUGGGUAAUAUCUGUCUGACCGUUACUCUGUGGCCGAGAAAUCAGCAGGACAAAGAACAGUAUUUUCAACGGAACACGCGGCUCGUCGAUGUUAAUAGGAAAUUAAAAUCCCAGAUAUGGAGUUCUGUAGUCACCAUCGUUCUGGUGGAGGCGAAAAACCUACUUCCAAUGGACAUAGAAGGCUUGUCGGAUCCUUACGUAAAAUUUCGGCUGGGAACCGAGAAGUACAAAUCCAAAGUGAUUCACAAGACGCUGAGUCCCGUUUGGCUCGAGCAAUUCGACCUCCACCUCUACGAGGACGUCGGCUUCGGUCAGGAACUUGAGGUGACCAUUUGGGACCGAGACAAGUCGCGGGACGACCUGAUGGGCCGGACUGUAAUAAAUCUGGCGACCCUGGAGCGGGAGAAGACGCACAGGCUAUGGAGGGACCUCGAGGACGGUGCCGGAAGCGUAUUUCUGCUUUUGACCAUCAGCGGUACGACCGCAAGCGAAACCAUCAGCGACUUGGCCGCUCACGAGGAAACUCCACAGGAGAAAUCGCUGCUUCUUCAGAGGUAUUCCCUGCUCAAGACCUUCCAACGUCCCCAGGACGUCGGUCAUCUAACGGUCAAGGUUUUCAGAGCUCAAGGACUGGCUGCGGCUGAUCUCGGCGGGAAAAGCGACCCCUUCUGCGUCCUUGAACUGGUUAAUGCUCGGCUACAAACUCAGACGGAGUACAAAACCUUGGCUCCAAAUUGGCAAAAGAUUUUCACAUUCAAUGUCAAGGACAUAAACUCAGUGCUUGAAGUCACGGUUUACGACGAGGACAGGGACCACAAGGUGGAGUUUUUGGGUAAAGUUGCGAUACCCUUACUGAGGAUACACAAUGGCGAGAAACGCUGGUACGCGUUGAAAGACAAAAAGCUGAGAGGUCGCGCCAAGGGAAAUUCACCCCAGAUACUGAUGGAGAUGACCGUUAUUUGGAAUCCCUUAAGAGCCUGCGCGAGGACCCUAAAUCCAAAGGAAAGAAAGUACAUGGAACCGGAGGUUAAAUUUAAGCGGCAAGUUUUCCUGAGAAACGUUCUCAGGCUCAAAGCCAUCAUCGUUUUCUUCAUCGACAACAGCAAGUACAUCCAGAGCUGUUUCGAAUGGGAAAGCACUCCAAGAAGCAUCGUCGCAUUUGCACUGUUCAUUCUACUCUGUUACUACUUCGAGCCUUAUAUGAUCCCGACGGCAGCCUUGUUGGUAUUUCUCAAAUACUACAUCGUGAGUAACAAAGUCGCCCUGGUUACCGGAUGGCCUGCUUAUCAUCCCUCGGGGAAUUCCUUGUCCUCCCACGAUUCGAACGAUCUUGGAAGUGACGAAGCCCCCUCGACUCCCGGAGGCCUGGACGACGACGACGACGAGGAUGACAAAGACAAGGAGGAGAAAAAAUCCCUUAAGGAGAGGCUUCAGGCGAUCCAGGAGGUCACGCAGACUGUGCAAAACUCCAUCGGCUAUAUAGCCAGCCUCGGCGAGAGCAUAAAGAACACAUUCAACUUCACGGUACCGUACCUGAGCUACCUGGCGAUGGUACUCGCCUUCCUUGGCGCUGUUGUUCUCUACUUUGUGCCAAUACGUUACCUCAUUAUGGCCUGGGGUGUGAAUAAAUUUUUUCGAAAAAUUCUCAGACCACACACGGUGCCCAACAACGAGCUGCUCGACCUUUUGUCGAGGGUGCCGGACGACGAGGAUCUCAUUUCGUAUAGAGAGUUGAAACCCGUUCCAACACCCGACUGCGAGAGAAGUGGAGUCGGCGGUGCGGCGGUUCCGACCGGAAGCGGUGUGUCUCGUAAAGAUCAUCAACGGCGGAAAAAAACCGCGUAACAAAGUAUUUCCCGGUCUGCAGGCUCGUCUGUCGUCGAACCAGAGGCUCAUCGCGGUAGCGGCAGGCCAUCGAUGACUAGCAGCGUCCUAAAGACCGUAUUAAUGCGUCGCAAGCUUAUAUCGCUGCGGAAUCGCAAGAGCUUGUUAAAAACGGAUGCUGGUAAAAAGGACUGAAAAGCUGCCUCGUAUUUAUUACUUUACAUUUGUUUUCUUUCUCUACAGCCUUUAUUUUCUCAAAAAACACCACGGAUAAUAAUAUUGUCAAUAUUAAAAUUUACGAAAUAGAAGGAAAAAGGAAAA